UUUAACUAAGAAUUUCAAGUUGGAAGCUGUUCCUAUCCGUCUUGGAAGAGGCUUAAAUAGUCUAAUUGACACGCACGUUUAAGUCUGUUGUGAAGCGACAUUUCUUAAAGGACAAACUAUUCACACUUGUGUCCGAUCUCCUUGGAUCUAUAGAGGAAGAAAAGCGUGCCCAGAUUGACUUGCUAGAAUCUUUUCACCGUGCCAUAGAAACGACAUCUACCGUCAAGGCUUAUGCGAAGCAUGGCUUCACCGACCCAAUACCGAAAGAUUCAGUGAAAAGGGUAUCCUUUACACCAAGAAGAAGGCGGCGACAGUCAGAUGCGUCCCUUGUUGAUAGAAUAUUUGAAUCAAGACGGAAUUCAGUGUCCAUAGCAGAGGGGACAAUUGACAAUUCAGUUCAAGCUGCAAAGUGUUCAAAUGAUGUUGUAGUUGGAUACCUAGAGAUAGACAUUCGUGACAUUCACUUUGGUGAACAUGAUAGAACUGAAAAGAGAUUGAAUGAUUAUUGCAAAUGUGGUUUACCAAAAUGCACGCCAUCGCCACACGAAAUCAUUAACAUAAAUAAAAAUUACCAUCGCGCAAACAUGAGACCAACAUCUGACAGUCACGAAAGCGACAAAGAUCCUGGUUUUAAGAAAUGCCAUCGUUCAAAAAGUCUACCGGCACGUAGCAAUGACAAACUUAUUGUGUUGUUGCAAAACAGUUUUGAUGAAGAUAAAACAGAGAUGGAUCAUCUUGUGCUUGAUUCAAUUCUAAAAGCAGCUGAUGCGGAGGAUAGUGAUACAUAUUCGAAUACGCAAAGUAUCGAAGAUGAGGAAAACGAAUGUGAAACUACAAAAGAAGGUGAUGAUAUAGAGAAUAGAGGCAAUGAUGACCCUAGAACGGUGAAUGGUGAGCAUGAACGAACGGAAUUCGUUGACGACGAGUUUUACGACAAUAGUGAAGUUGUUGUCGAAACACAUAGGAAAGAUUCCAGUGAUAUCUCUGUAAAAUGUACAAUUCAUAAUGAGAAUCCUGAAUUUGAAAAUAAUGAGGAUAAAUCUUAUGGCAGAGCUCAUGUUGUGGGUAAAAUUCCGACCAGUAAUUCCUAUUCCAGUCUUAACGAUUCUCAUGAGCAUGGGGAUAAUUAUCAUGUAGAUAUGAACGGUGAAAGUAAACCAAAUAAUGACUUGGAACGAGACCAGAAACAUGAGCCAGAAUGGUAUGCCUUUUCCGAAAAACUGGAAAAUGUUGGCCAAACUCAGAAUAGAAGUGCAAAUACCGAUAUAAAUGAUACUAGUGACACAUAUAGGCGUAGUUCAAAGAAUGACGUUACCUACGACGGCUUUGGCAAUAACAGAGAACAUGGGCACUCUACAAUUAGUGGAAGUAGAAUAGAAAAUACCAUCGCGAUACCAGUUGAAUCAACAACGGAAGAAAGCGAGGAAGAAGAAAUCGAAAGUCAAAUUAAAGUUGUAGGUUCUAGUGCUGAUUCACACGCCGAACUUGACAUUGAUUCAAGCGACAACGAUGUCAGUUACGACAAAGGUGGUUUUGAGAAAGAUUACACUGAUGGAGAGUUAGAAUUUAAACAGUUAAAUGACCCCGGUGGACAUGUUUCAACUGCUGAGUACACAACUGUUAAGAGGUCAGCUGCUAGUCUAAAGCCCGGCCUUGACUCUAUUGCGGAAGCUUCACAUGAGUCAUUCAGAACGAUGUCUAGAACACCUGGUCGUGACACUAAAAGUGUAAUUGAAAUAGAAAGUAAAGACAGCCAAAAAGCAAGUAGAAGCAAAGUACCAACCACAACUCGCCAAAGAAAAGCAAAAUCACCGAAGUCCCGAGAUAAAGAUUGUAAUGCUAACAGGGUUAAGAGUUCGAGAAAAGGUUCUAGUUAUGCAGGUUUUAAUGAACACUCUGGUAAAACUAACUCUGGGGCAAAUUACACUGGUGGAAAAUCUGGAAAGGACAUAAACAUGAAGUGUAGUAAAAGUACUGAAAAUUCCAGAAAACUGAUAUCAAUAGAUUUGUUGAACUUUUACGAGACAAACAAAGACUUACAGACUAUUGACAAGAAGAAACAGACAAAACCACAAAAGAAAGCUUUUCAAAGAAAACCUGAGGAAACAACAUCAAGUGAUAGUGAACGAAGACACCAUACACGGUCGCCGAGUAAACGCAGAAAGAUGAUAAGAAGGAAAUAUGACAUGGCCCCCUUACCGCCUAAAACAAAGCCGGCCCCUUUGCCAGUAUUGGAGACAACCUUCCUUUUACCAAGAGCCAAAACAGAUCUCUCUUCCCGAAGCAGCCGGUCUACAUCUUCUGAGGAUACGGUGGAAUCAUUUAAAAACUUUCAAGUUAAAACCAUAGAAAACAGAUAUCGAAAACCUGACAAUAUUAUUUGGAAUAAACUAGAAAUUCGAAGGGAUUCUAACUUCGCCAUCAACAAUUAUGCGGACAGGUAUGGUGAUGGGCAUGAAGUGGUUGUGAACGGUGGGAAUGGGAAAACGUUGUAUGAGAAUGGCUUUCGAGUUCCUUUACGAGAUGCAAUCAAGAGGGUUAAGAGUGCAAAAACGGUACCGGAGUACAGAGACGUUCCGGAUCGCACCCCGCGACCGGAUCGAGUGUGUAGGAUAUACAUAGACCUGCAGCAGGACAGGCGCCUGGCCGGCCCUAUGGAAUACCGGAAGUUGGAUGUCACUCCCCGGAAUGAGCAAGAACACGGCUGGUGAACAUUCUACAUACUAUCAACAUGUUAUUUUUCUGAAAUUUUGAAAUUGUGUGGCGUAUAAUGUGCAAAUAUCAUCAAUCGAAAUUUCUUUAUUAAGUGUUUGUAAUGUCUUUCGAAUUGUUUGUGUUUUAUUACUUUGAUUUGUUAGUUACAUCAUGUGAUUGUGUCGAUAAAGAAUGAAGGCUAGGACAAUUGCAGAAGUAGAAGGUAUUCGAUGCAUUUACGCAAAUAUUGUGUUGAACACCCACAAGACUAUAUAUUAAUCAUAUCUCACAAAAAGGCUGACCGUAUGCAGUUUGAAAACAAUCCAACCGAUAAAAAUUAAUAUGCCAGUAUCUAGCAUAUAACACUUCUUUUAAUGUCCGUUAAUUGAGUUUAAAGGGAUUCGCUCAUGUUUUUUUAAAAAUAAUAUGACGAAAUAAAGUGUGGCAAAUCAUUAGGAGUGUUAAAUCUAAGAUAAGAACGGCUAGAAUCCUUUAACAAAUGUUCAUAUUCGCUAAGACAUUGUCUUUAAGUACACCAUUUUUCAAUAGUGUUCGUAACGUGAAUUAAUAAAAAGCUUAGUAGUUAAAUUAUCCGAUGUUUGUGUAAUAUUCAUUGUAGGGGUGACGUUUCUGUUGUCAGUACAAUAUUGUUUUCCUUUACUGUACCGGCGUGGGUUCGCACCCCACUAAAACAAUUUUUAAUUUUAUUUUUCUGCAAGUUCGGUAUCAAAAAGUAAAUCAGUAAUACUGUAAGUGUUUUCAGUGCCUUUAACGGGGGAGGAGGUUUUCUUACACAUGAGCUAGUCCCUUUAAUUCGUGGUUUUGUAUCAAAAUUGAAUACCAUUUUUGUAUGUUUACCUUAUUGAGAAAAAGAAUAUUAUUGUUAUGGGAAAAUUGACAUAGAAAAUGCGUUUUUGUACAUUUCAUCAAAAAGCGCGUGCGACGUUGUUUAUUGACGUCAUGUGGUGUAGUUAUUUUAGCUCCCAAUGACGACAAAAAGUUCCUCUAGAAUUUGCGUUUUUAAUAAAAAAAUUUUAGAUAAAAACUCUUGCAUACCUAUAUAUUUGGUUGCGCUCAAUUGAAAUUGCGUAAUGUAUUUUCAUAAAUCAUACAAUAAAAGAAAUAAGAAGUGGCGCGUUGUUGCGCGUGACUCAUCUUGAAUAGGGAGGGGGUAGUAAGACGGGGUUUUCUUGCACUGGUCACAUGACCGGAAACACACGUCGGUAAUGCAAGGUUCUACUAGUUAGUAUACUGUUUCGGUUUGAAAACCGGACCAGGUACAUUUGAAGAAUGUAUAAUAUAUAUUAUGUGCAUCGAAUAAUUUACAUGUUAUACAUUUUAUGAACAUAUCAUAUUAUUGUUAUCAUAAUUAAUAUAUGUUAUUUAUUUCUAAA